AAGUUCAAACAACCUUCAGCUUUAAAUUUCUUCCUCUCUAGCUAGCUAGUCCAUUUCCCUUCAAUACUUCCCACCUUUUACAUUUAACCAUUAGACCGAAUUCGAUCAGAAUUCGGUCCGAUGGUCUUGAGGUUCUAAACUAAAGUAUAAAGAAAAGCUAGAGGAGAAACUUCUCUACAUUAGAGAAUUCUCUGCACAUAUCUUUAUAAUAUUAUUAAGGGAAACAUUUCCUAAUCAGGAAUUGUGAGAACAAUGGAAAAGGUGAUGGGACUGGCUUCAGAGAAGGGGGUAGUGAUAUUCAGCAAGAGUUCGUGUUGCAUGUGCUAUGCAGUGAAAAUCCUAUUCCAAGGAAUUGGAGUGGACCCUCUGGUGUAUGAGCUUGACCAAGACCCUGAAGGCAGGGAAAUGGAAAGAGCUCUGAUGAGGAUGGGGUGUACUGCACCUGUACCGGCUGUUUUCAUCGGCGGAAAGCUGAUGGGAUCUACUAAUGAAAUCAUGUCACUUCAUCUAAGCGGCAAUCUCAGUCAAAUGCUCAAGCCAUAUCAGCAUCAGAGUCUGUCUUAAAUUUUCAGUACUUCAAUGGCUUCAAAUAAUAAGAAGAUUGGCUUGAUUUAGUAGUCUAGUGUGCCCUCUGUAUUAAGUAGUACAAGUAGCUGUUUGUGUUAUCAUGUAUUUCAUUAGCUAGUGUGUAAUAAGUUCAACUUUGUUAAUGAAGUUAAUUAGCAAUUA